UCUUCGUCACCUAAAUCUCUCUCACAACAACUUCACUUCCUCUUCACUCCCUUCCGAGUUCAGCAACCUCAGCAGAUUAGAGAUCUGAUUUCAUUAAGGACAACGAAGAGAAGGGAAAAAGAAAAAGAAAAUGGAAUCGCGAAUAACCAUGAGCUCUUUCAACAGAUACACAAAUUCUAAAUCCUACUCGGGCGCCUCCGAAUCCGUCCCCCUAAUUCCCAUUUCCUCUCUCAAUCCCUAGACGACCUCCUUUUCAAAUCCGACGACAGCGAAAACGAUGAAGACAGAGAUUUUCAGACCAACCUCGAAGAGAAGAAGCCAGGCUGGAGAACGAGCUAGUAUGUGUCAUAGUCUCUGGUCGAAUUGACCUACUUAAACCGGAUUUCGGGCCAGUGCGUGACGGUGAACCUAUUAUGCUUUUUGAUGAAGAAAAUAGGUACACGCCUGAGUAUAUCUUUGAGGUUGCCGGUGAAGUUUCCUAGUCGCGGUGUAGAUAAGGAGAAGAAGGAAGAGAAAGAGGAGGAGGUGGAUAUUUUGGGUCUGAGAGGCUGAUUGAUGGUAGUUGUGCUGAUUGUGUCAGGGUUUCACAUGAACAUCAACAUCCGUUCCUCAAGGGCCUAAGUUCCUGGGAGCAGCUUGGCAGCGCCCGCAACUGAAUAUUUUUGAACGUGGGUUGCUCAUCGAAGAGUAUGGAGAUCGGGGAGUUGGAGAGUUUGAAGUUAUGGUUUGUUCAUGUAACGCCAACCCAAUUAUCCCAGUUAUCGAGUAGAUUGAACCUUCCUUAGUAGGUGUCUAAAAGUGUUCAAUUGGUGGGGCGUUGACCAAGCUUUACCUGUUGGAAAAGAGAAACGUAAAAUCAAGAGCUUGGCAAGAGCAAUUUAUCAUAUGUUCUCCGGAGUUACCUGUUCAUCGAGGAUGAUCAUGUCCAUUCCCUGGAGCUCUCCUCCUUUCGUCACAUUAGGUGCCUCCCAGAACCUAAGCAGUAACACCUCCACAGCCUUAGUAGAACGACGAACUUUCAAAUCGAAGAACAAUAGGUAUCCGCUGAUCAUAACGGGGAGAGCGAGAAAGAAAGAUGGAUCACGAAGAUUCGUGCUGAAUGAGCAAUCAAAGUAUCCAGAGUCUCGUGGGGAUUUCACCAUUUUGCUCAGCAACAUCGUUUUGGGAUGCAAAUUCGUCUGCAGUGCCGUCAACAAGGCUGGUUUGGCCAAGCUUAUUGGACUUGCAGGGGACACAAAUAUCCAGGGUGAAGAGCAAAAGAAACUGAAUGUGCUCUCUAACGAUGUUUUUGUCAAGGCUUUGGUUAGCAGCGGCAGAACUUCUGUUCUUGUCCCGGAAGAAGAUGAGGAAGCUACGUUUGUGGAGUCAUCCAAGCGUGGAAAGUACUGUGUUGUUUUUGAUCCUCUUGAUGGAUCCUCAAACUUUGACUGUGGUGUCUCCAUUGGAACAAUCUUUGGAAUUUACACAAUGGAGCACAGUGAUGAGCCGACAACUGAAGAUGUUCUGAAACCUGGGAAUGAAAUGGUUGCAGCGGGUUACUGUAUGUACGGAAGCUCCUGCAUGCUUGUGUUGAGCACUGGAACAGGUGUCAACGGAUUUACCCUGGACCCAUCUCUAGGAGAGUUCAUAUUAACUCACCCAGACAUUAAGAUUCCAAAGAAGGGAAACAUAUACUCAGUGAAUGAAGGAAAUGCUCAGAACUGGGAUGGUCCAACCACAAAGUAUGUAGAGAGAUGCAAGUAUCCCAAAGAUGGUUCUCCCGCAAAGUCACUGAGAUAUGUCGGAAGUAUGGUAGCAGAUGUUCAUCCUACUCUGCUUUAUGGAGGAAUCUUCCUGUAGCCGGCUGACAAGAAAAGCCCCAAUGGGAAAUUGCGGUAGCUUAGAGUUCAAUUAUAUAAAACCACUCCAAAUCACGGCCGCCUGAAGCCCCCGUAUCGCCGGCUCACACCGGAGGAAUACGCUCAGAGGAAGAAGGACGAUCUCUGCUUUCGAUGCGACGAGAAAUAUGUGUACCCACACGUAUGCUCCCGCAAAGAACUUAUGGUUCUGGUGGUCCAUGAAAAUGGGACCGAGAUCGAGAUCAGUGAGGAGCAGAUGGAACACAGGGAGGACGAGGAAGAAGAGAUAACGGAGGUAGCGGAGCUGUCUGUCAAUUCUGUAGUGGGAUUGUCCGCUCCCCAUACCAUCAAGCUAAGAGGGACGAUCAAUGGAGAGGAGGUGGUAGUCUUGAUCGACAGCGGGGCCACUCACAACUUCAUCUCGGAGAGCUUGGUGAGGAGGCUAGGGUUGACUCGAGGAACGUCGCGAGGAUACGGAGUGAUGGUCGGAGGUGGAAUGAUAGUACAGGGGAAGGGAAUUUGUGAAGAGGUGCAGCUCAAAUGCUCCUCUCUAAAGUUUCUAAGUGUGGACAACAACAACAUCAAAGAUACGUUUCCUUUCUGGCUCAAGGGUUUGCCUAAUUUGCAAGCCUUUACUCUCCGUUCAAACAGAUUCUACGGUCCUAUAUCCCCUCCUGGUCAAGGUCCUCUAGCGUUUCCCGAGCUACGCAUACUUGAAAUAGCUGAUAACAAAUUUACAGGAAGCUUGCCCCAAGAUUACUUUGUGAACUGGAAAGUUAUGACCGAAGAUGGGAGUUUGUAUAUGGGAGACUACAACGAAAUUCCUGGCUAUAUCUAUAUGAAGAUACCAUAGAUCUCCAAUACAAAGGUCUAUUCAUGGAGCAAGGGAAGGUUCUUACUUCUUAUGCCACCAUUGAUUUUUCUGGAAACAGACUUGAAGGACAGAUUCCUUAAUCUAUAGGCCUCUUGAAGACAUUGAUUGCACUUAACUUAUCAAACAACGCCUUCACAGGCCAUAUUCCUCGGUCUUUGGAAAAUGUUACGGAGCUUGAGUCACUAGACCUAUCAAGAAACAAACUAUCAGGUGAAAUCCCUCGAGAACUCAAGAGCCUCUCGUUUUUGGCAUACAUAAGUGUGGCUCAUAACCAACUCAAAG